AGGAGGGCGCUCUAUGUUUGAUAUAGUAUAACUGUAAUUUCAUUCUUAUACGUUAAUCUCUUACUUUAAUUUUAUUUUCGUUUUCUAAAUUUUCUUUAUUAAAAUUUAUAAUAAUGGGUGGACGUGGAGCUUUAUUGGUUUUAGAAGGCUGUGAUAAAGUAGGAAAAUCGACUCAAGCAAAAUUAUUAGUAGAGGCAUUAAAUAAUUUUAACAUUCCUGCUGUAGGUAAAUCCUUUCCAGAUAGGACAAGUGAGAUAGGCAAGUUGUUAAAUAAAUUUUUAAAAAAAGAAGUUGAAUUACCGUUAGAAGCAGCACAUCUAUUAUUUUCAGCUAAUAGAUGGGAAUUUAAACAAUAUAUUAUAAAAACUCUUAUGGAAGGAACUACAUUGGUUGUCGAUAGAUAUGCAUAUUCUGGUGCAGCAUAUACAGCAGCUGCUACUGAUAAAAGUUUGGCCUGGUGUCAGGAAGCAGAUCGUGGACUUCCUUCUCCAGACUUAGUAGCUUUUUUCAGAAUUAAUGAUCGAGUAAAAAAAUUGGAUACAUGGGAUGGAGAAAGAUAUGACAAUGUACUAUUUCAAGAAAAAGUAUCUUUUAACUUCGACAGACUCAAUGAUGGCACUUGGAAAAUUAUAGAUAGUAAACAAGAUAUAUAUACAAUACAUAAAGAAUUAUUAAACAUUUCAGUAGAUACUGUUCGAAAUGUUACAAAUCGUACUAUAGGUCAAUUAUGAAUUUUAAUUUAUUCAUCAAAGGAAUUCAUUAUAAUAUAUAAAUAUCUUUAAAUCUUUUAAGAAUAUAUGUACAAAUCAGACACGUAAUGAUUUAAUAUGUUCUAUUAUAAAAUAUACUAUUUUUUUACAAGUUGAAUGAUCAUUGAACGAUAAUUAUAUGAUGCUUU